UAACAAAAACAGCUGCGAUUGCUUUUACGUAAGAGUUACAUGCCUGCUCAUUGUAAGUAACGUUCAACUCUGCAAAUAUCAUAGAGCGAACUAUGGGUAUCUUUGAAAACUUAAUAUAUACUUGGAUAAUGUUCGUGGUCUUUGUUUUUGAAAUAAGCGAAAAGGUGAAUGGAAGAGACCAUGGAUUAGAUUUCGUGAAUGGGAGAUGGAAAUAUCCUGCAAUAGUUCCAGUCCUCAAGCAAGAAGUUGUCUCAAUUUAUAAUGAAAACUUCACUGACAUUCCCAAGGACAGGGAGCCCUAUUAUGUUAAAGUUCAACGAUGUAUCAUCGAUAAAGAUAAAAUUCCUAUAUGUGUAUUUUGUUGGCCCCAACCUAUGACAUUGACAGAAGUCGAGAUUGUCGUUCCUGAUUUAAAAAACUACACAAAAUUUUACAAAUAUAUUGUAUAUAAUCACACUUCUUGUUACAUGAGUACAAACUUAACAGCCUUGAACUUUGAUCAACACAAGAAUCUAUCUUCAAACGAAAUUAACGAAACAGAAUUUACAACAAAAGUAAAAUACAAUCCACCAAACGUGAGAACAUGUAAUGACUAUUGCAAGCAUCCACAACCUCGUUUUCAUCUGCACAGUGAAUAUACAAAGAAAGUCGACCCCUCGUGCUAAAUAACGGAUUAUUUGUCUACAUCACAUCACCCAGAGGCAAUGAAGAUUGUCAAAACAGAAAUCCUAGAUGGUUCAACCCAGUUUGAAGUCAUUAAAGAACAUAUAUCUUGCAAUCUCUGGAGCACAACACAACAGUCCCAUUAAUUCAGCAUUUUGGAAGUGGAGAAGAAAGUAUACGAAUUUGUGCAGUGAACAUCAAGAUCAAGUAAUUUAGUUGGUGCUAUUGUUUAAUGCAGGAUGGAAAUAAUAGAAAUUCACAAAAAGUUUAUAAGUAUAAAAAAUAAAUCAAUGUUUCAAUAAAGGUUUCAAAAUUAAA